AUGUCGACUAUACCUGCAUAAAAAAGAGAAGAAUUUCUAAAUACUUACCUUGCCAUUUAGAAUGACAAAGGUAGGUUUUUAAAGUAAGGAAAGACAUUUAAAAUGAUUUCAUAGAGAUAUUUUACUAUUAAUUCGAAUCAAUUGGUGUAUUACAAAGAAAAAACAUCUCAAAAAAUAAGAGGAAUUGUAAAUCUAGUUAACUGCACUUAUUAAAUUGAAAAAGACAAGAAAGGGAAAGAUGGAAUAAAAGUAUUAGGAUAAAAAAAUGCUUAUGAAAUAUGGCUUAUCCCAUAAAAUAAAGAGGAAUUGUAAUUCUAUUUAUAUUAUUUAAGUUUAGCUUAGAAUGGAAAAUUUGAUUCUAACUAAUUAGAGCAGUUUUCAAAUAGUCCAUAAAAAUCUAACCUUGCUAAUGAAUCAAGGAUAGCAGGUUCAUUAGUUGGAAGCUAGUAAAUUAUGAAAUCAUUCCAUUUUAAUGACACAGCUAAUGGGAGUUUAAUUAUUCAAAAAAAGGAGUAGAAAUAAAUAAUAUAAGAAGUGGCUUCUAACCUGAACAAUAAUCAAAGCAUUAUACAAAGCGAGUUAAAUAUAAAUGAUAUUCAAGCUUUUUAAAAAAAUAAUCAAAAUAUUUUGAGAGAAGAGAGAAUUGAAAAAUUAAAUAAUAGUAAAAUGUUGAACGGUCAAACUGUUAAAAGCUAAAUUCAAUAUAAAUAAAUUAGUUAACAACCUUCAACGUAAAAACCAAUUAAUAUAGUUAACACUAUAGAAAAAUAUGAUAGAAAUAAGAGUGGUUUAAGGUUAGAAGAUUGUAAUGUAGAAACUACUGAUGACGUACCAAAUACAAGCUUCAUGAAUCAAUAUGAAUUUUCUUAUUAUAGAUUAGAUAACAAAGUUCCUCAUAAUCACCAAAUUCCUGUAUCUUGUAGAAAUUCGAGCUCAGUAGGACCAUAGAAAAGGAUAAAUAUGACUAAAUUCGAUACUAGAAGAUCUAAAUCUUCAAGGAAAGAAUAUAUCAACAGAUAAUUUGAAAGAAAUUUAAAAUAUACAAAACCUUUUGGAGGAGAUGAAAACCAUAAUUAACUGGAAUAUAGUGAAUUUUUAGAAUACAAUGGAGAAGCUUCAUCUUCAUCUGUAGAUUUUGAUUAAGAAUAAUUAUAUCCCACAAGAAAGAGUCUUCUAGAAUUUGAAAUUGGAGAAAUUUGCAAUGAUGAAGUUAUUCAUUAGAAACAAAAUAAAAAUUUUACAACAAAAAAAUCCAUCAAAUCUAACUACUAAACGAGUUACUAAAAGAAAAAAAACGAUGAUAUAUUAUCAUUUGAUAAUUAUUAAGAUGAAGAUAUUGAUGAUACUCCUCCAGGACUUGCUAAAGAAUCUCCUUUGCUAUUUCAGCAGCUAGAAUUUAAAAAAGAAUUUGUUAGAAACAGCUUAUCAUAAUUUUAAAAUAAUGCUAGUUGCAUAGAUUAAUAUAAGAAAGUUAGAAUGAAUAGAAAGCUAACUAAAGCAAAGGAUAUAAGACCUGAUUUCUGCUAUUCAGAAGAAGCUGAGUUAACAAGCACAUUGAAAACAGAGAGUUAUGGGCUUUCAUCUUCGAAACAUUUGAUUCAGUUAAAGGAGAUGUUUAAAAAAAAUUAAAUAAUAUCAAAUCUUCAUGAGAGUAGACUGCAGGAGUGUAGCAGCGCUAUGAGUAUACCAGGAUAUGAUAUAAAUGAUUUAGAGGAUGAUUUUUAUGAUAUAAAUGCUUAGUAAAAUGAAUAAAAUUAGGAAAAACAGCAGAAUGGUGAUGAUUCUAAUCAUAAAUCUAUAACUCAAUUACAGCUUUUAGAGGAUUAACCUUUUGCAACAAAAAAUUUUGUUCAGUUGGAUAAUAAAAUACGUGUUUAAGCUUCGUUAAUGAAAAUUUCAGAUGAAAUAUCUUAAUAAUAUCUAACAUUUACUGAUACUGAAGAUUGUCUUUCUUUAAUAUCUGAAAAAAAUAAUAUAGGAAAUUAGAUGAAUAAUUAUCAAUCGAAUGGCAUAUUCUCAAAAAAUAUAUUUAAAAACUAAGAAAGAUAAAAUAUCCUCAAUAUAAAUAAAAUAUUUGAUGUAAAAAAAGAGCAAAUAACUGAUAAUAAAUCUUAUUUUAUUUUGAUGGCUUGCCACUAUAUUUGGAAUAGCUAAGUCGAAGAAGCAAAUUACAUUUUACAAUUUUUCCCUGAUUCAUUUUUGUAUAAAGUAGAAAUUUCUCUUAAUCUCUUACUUAUAACUGGAUAAAUAAGGUAUUUAGAGAGCAGCUUAGCUGAAUAUUAUCAUAUUAUAUAAUGUAUAGACAAAAAAGAUAAAUCAUUAAGCCAACUCUCUGAGGUAGAUAAGAAAAUUAUUUUAUGUGAAGCUCAUACAGGAAUAGCUUUAUUGAAAGUCCUUUAAGAUAAAAAAUUAAGUGCAUUGAGUUCUAUAAACACAGCACAUAAUUACUUACUUUAAGUCAAAAAAUAAAUUGAAAAUACCAAAAAAAUUGUACAAAUAUCUGAUGAAAAUAAAAAUAGAUACCUUCUUGCUGAUGGCUUAUUUUAAGUUGGUUUAAGUCUCAUGCCAAGUUUCUUUUCAAGAAUUUGUAAUCUGCUAGGUAUUGAAGCAGAUUUAAAAAAAGGCAUCAGUCAACUCACUGAAUGCAUGGAAAUGAAACAAAUUAAAUCUAAUUAUGCUAGAAUUAUCCUUUUUCUGUACUACCUAGAAUCUGAAAAUAAUAUUCUAUAGUCAUCAAAUAUGAUUAAAUCUUCUCUUGCUAUAUAAUCUACAUCCCCUAUAUUUAACUGGCUAGCUUCACUCUAUUAUUGGAAAAUUGCAUCUAGCUAAAAUGCUGUUAAAUUCAUCAAGCAAGCUAUCGAUUAAAGUGAAAAGUGGAAUCAUCACCCUCAUUUCUUUUAUUUUGAGCUUGGGUGGUUUUAUUUAUCGCAACUUAAAUGGAGCCAAGCUACAUCACUUUUUGAGAAUAUGAUUAUACAAGGAUUUGAUUUUAAAUAAAUUGAUGAUUAAAAAUUUUUUAAAAAGUUAAAAUCAAAUAAUUUUAAUGUGAGUAACUCAUCUAAGGAAUACCUAAAAGACUUUCUUUACAAAUUUGAGAAAAAUGCCUUCGGAUCAAAAGUUAAGAUAAUGCAUAAAUGCUGUAUUGCCUUUAUAAUUGGAAUAUGCUAUAUAUCUUCUGCAGAACAAAAAAAUUCUAAAACUAAGGAUUAGAAUUCAGGAUAAAAGAUCAGUAACUCAAGCAAAUAAUCCCUGUUUGAUGAUGAAUCAAAUAAUUUAAUACACUAAAUAUUAUCUCCAAUCAGCUAAAAUGAUUAGUAAUAUUUAACAAAUAAAACUGAAGUAAAUAAAUCUACAGCACAGAACUAGUAACAAAUGAAGCUGCAAUAAAACUACAAAUUAAAUUAAGAAAAAGAAGAAGAACCUAACUACAAAGAGCUAUUUUAUCUUUGGUGUAAUCUCUCUGUUGAAAUAUACGAUAAGCUUGGAGACAGUAAAACGAUAUUAGAUAUUGAAUUCAGAAAAAUUGCUAAGCUAUUUUCAACCAGAACUUAUACCUACUUAAUAAAAUUUGAAUUACUAUAUUUUGUAAAAGAACUUUCCAAAGUGUCAGACGAAAAUCUUGACAAAGCAUUAAUCGAUAUAAAACAAUACUAAGAAUAACAUAUUUAACAGUUUAACUAAAUGUAAAGCUAAGAAAACUUAGUAGAAAUAUGCAGUGCUUAUUUGCUAAUAAUAGGAAUUUCUUACAUUAAAGAUAAGUUUCAUGAUAUUAACGAAAUUGCCAUUUAACCUAAUAUAAAAUAAUUUUUAAAUUAAAUUAAUAAAAAAUACUAAUACAUUUCUCAUCAUACUUACUACUGGCUUGGCAUGUCUUACAAAAAAAACUACAUGCACCAACAAGCCAAACAUUUUUUUGAACUCAGUAAAUAAUUUAAAACCAAUCUAUUUAAUUUGAAUUAAAGGAUAGAAUUCAAUCUUUCAGCUAUCAUUAAAAAUAUGAAAGAAUGA